AAUGCUGAAGCUUUGCUGCCGGUCGGUUCCGAUCGGUUUUUUCAUCCGUAGGCAACGAGUAUAUCGGAUCCUUGAGAUGCGAGGCAAAGAACGUGAUUAUUUUAGUGAUCCUCGCUGGGAGAGGACAAUUGCUCGCCAGUCCUAAGUGCAUUUGACGCCGCCUUCCACUGCUCCGAGAACUGCAGCAGAGGACGUUUCUCCUCGCUCCAGAGUACUUGGAAUAUCUUGGGGGCAUCUUCUGUUACCAGUGACAACCUGUUGACCCUAAGAGGUCUGGACAGGAUUUUCUGUCACGGCAGCCAUACCCCGUUACAUCCUGACUUUCUGUGACUUGUGUGCUUCCGUCUCUGCGCGCCUGCAGAGGCACUGGAGAUGCCUUCUAGCACAGAGGCGGCGACCGACGAAUGUGACGACACGGAGCUCCGGUGCAGGGUAGCCGUGGAGGAGCUGAGUCCUGGAGGGCAACCUCGCAAGCGCCAGGCCCUGCGCACCGCAGAGCUGAACCUAGGUCGAAACGAACGUCGCGAGUUAAUGCUGCGACUGCAGGCACCGGGACCCGCAGGGCGGCCACGCUGUUUUCCUCUGCGCGCUGUGCGCCUCUUCACCCGCUUCGCCGCAGCUGGGCGCAGCACGUUGCGGCUCCCCGCCGAUGGCGUCCCUGGGGCUGGCUCAGUGCAGCUGCUGCUCUCCGACUGUCCCCCGGAGCGCUUGCGCCGCUUCCUGCGCACGCUGCGCCUGAAGUUGGCGGUCGCCCCUGGACCAGGACCCGCCUCCGCCCGCGCACAAUUGCUCGGUCCUCGGCCCCGAGACUUUGUCACCAUCAGUCCGGUGCAGCCAGAGGAACUGCGGCGAGCCGCGGCCACCAAGGCUCUAGAUUCUGCUCUGGAAAAGCGGCCAAUGGAAUCCCAGCCUAGUACGGAAGCUCCCAGGUGGCCCCUGCCCGUGAAGAAGCUACGAAUGCCCUCCACCAAACCGAAGCUUUCUGAAGAGCAGGCUGCUGUGCUGAGGAUGGUCCUGAAAGGCCAGAGCCUUUUCUUUACUGGGAGUGCAGGGACAGGAAAGUCCUACCUGCUGAAACAUAUCCUGCGGUCCCUGCCCCCUACUGGCACUGUGGCCACUGCCAGCACUGGGGUGGCAGCCUGCCACAUUGGGGGCACCACCCUUCAUGCCUUUGCAGGCAUCGGCUCAGGCCAGGCUCCCCUGGCCCAGUGUGUGGCCCUGGCCCAUCGGCCAGGUGUGCGACAGGGCUGGCUGAACUGCCAGCGUUUGGUCAUUGAUGAGAUCUCCAUGGUAGAGGCAGACUUCUUUGACAAAUUGGAAGCUGUGGCCAGAGCCAUCCGGCAACAGAAGAAGCCAUUUGGAGGGAUCCAGCUCAUCAUCUGUGGGGACUUCCUGCAGUUGCCACCAGUGACCAAAGGCUCCCAGCAGCCUCGAUUCUGCUUUCAGGCCAAGAGCUGGAGGAGGUGUGUGCCGGUGACUCUGGAGCUGACUGAGGUGUGGAGGCAAGCGGAUCAGACCUUCAUCUCUCUGCUGCAGGCUGUGAGGUUAGGCAGAUGUUCAGAUGAAGUGACCCGCCAGCUCAGGGCCACAGCUGCCCAUAAGGUGGGACGAGAUGGAAUCGUAGCCACAAGACUAUGCACCCAUCAGGAUGAUGUGGCCCUUACCAACAAGAAGCGGCUGAGGGAACUGCCAGGUGAUGUACACAGCUUUGAGGCUGUAGACAGUGACCCUGAGCUAAGCCAGAUUCUGGAUGCCCAGUGUCCUGUGAGCCGUGUCCUUCAGCUAAAACUGGGGGCUCAGGUCAUGCUGGUGAAGAACUUGGCAGUGUCUCGGGGCCUGGUGAAUGGUGCCCGAGGGGUAAUAGUUGGGUUUGAGUCAGAAGGGAGAGGGCUUCCCCGGGUACGGUUCCUGUGUGGCGUCACUGAGGUCAUCCGUACUGACCGCUGGACAGUACAGGUAACUGGGGGCCAGUACCUCAGCCGGCAGCAGCUUCCUCUACAAUUGGCCUGGGCGAUGUCCAUCCACAAAAGCCAGGGCAUGUCUCUGGACUGUGUGGAGAUCUCUCUGGGGCGUGUGUUUGCCAGUGGUCAAGCCUAUGUGGCCCUCUCUCGGGCCCGUAGCCUCCAGGGUCUCCGCGUGCUGGACUUUGACCCCACGAUGGUUCGAUGUGACUCCCGAGUGCUGCGUUUCUAUGCCACCCUGCGGCAGGGCAGGGGCCUCAGUCUGGAGUCCCAGGACGAGGAGGAGGCAAACUCAGAUCUGGAGAACAUGGACCCAAACCUCUAACCUCAGCUGAAAGAGAAGACAAGCUUUUAGCUUUUUCUUGGGUCAAGGCCCUAGGAAUUAACUGGGAAGAGGCCCGUAUUUUGUCCCUCAUUUAGCUCUGGUACAGUCAAGGGACACCGUUUCCCAUCUACUUAACUAGCUUUGCCUCAGUUUCACCUGUUUCCCUGGAGAAAUGACUUCCAGGGUUAGAAACUAGAAAUGGUAAUGGUUACCAGAAGACAAAGCUCUCUACAAGUCUGGAACACAACAGGCACAGAGUUCUUAGCUGCAGACUGGAGAGGCAGAGCUGGCUGCAGCCCCUCCCCCAUCAGGGCCUGUCUUAUUUAUUUGUCUGCAUUUAUUUAUGUUGUGUGCAUGUGCUUGCACAGUACAUGUGAAGAUCAGAGGACAACUUGAGGAAGUUGGUUUUCUCUUUCCCCAUGCGUGUUCUGGGGGUUCAAUUCAGGUCACAGCGCUUGGUGGCCGGCACUUCUACCUGAAGAGCAAUCUUGCUACCACGAUCAGUUCUAAUUUUCUUUGUGUUAUUAUAACAAAAUAUGUAAGGCUGAGUACUUUCUGAAAAAAUUAUUUAUUUUUAAUUAAUAUAAGCUCAUAGUUCUAUAAGAUUAAGAGCAUGGAACCAGCCCAGGCUCAGCUUUGCUGGGGUUUGACGGUAGCUGGCACCACGUGGCGGGCACACGUGCAGGCAGGAUCAUGUGAGACAAGCAACAGAAGAUAGUGCUUCUGGGGAACAGCAUCAAUCCAUCCAUGAAGACAGGACCCCCUUGCUUUAGUUACCUCCCAUGAAAUCCAUCUCUUAGGAGUUACAUCAUCUUAACACUGCGACACUAGGGACAAAGCUUCCCGCACAGAAACCUAUAAGGAAAACCAUCCAAACUAUGGCAGGAGCCUAGAGGGGAUUUAGGCCAGACACAAGCCCAAGAUAGAAGUUUAAUUACCUUCACAGCUGAGCUCAGCCUACCACAGCCCCAAGUAAACAUCAUUCUGAGCCCGACUGAGAACAGACACUGCAGAAUGGGCUGUUUUGGGGGGAGAGGUCAUGUUUAGGACACUGAGAUAGAUGCUCUCAGUUGUAUUUAUUGAAGCCAAAUAAAACUGUGAACUGUGUAA